AUGACUACUCCUGCCGCUCCCUCCGGCAUGAAGGUUCUCGUCUGCCCCUCUGGCUUCAAAGGCAGCCUGCAGCCCCAGACGGCAGCCGACUGCAUCGAAGCCGGUAUCCUCGCAGUGCUCCCUGACGCUUCUGUCCGCAAGGUCCCCCUUGUCGACGGCGGCGAAGGUUUCACUGGUGCGCUGGUGACCGCUACCGCUGGCAAGCUCCACCACGUCACAGUCACUGGACCGGUGAGCGCGCCGGUCGAGUCCUUCUUCGGCAUCCUGGGCAACGGCAGCAACACCUCGGCCCCUCGCACGGCAGUCAUCGAGAUGGCGGCUGCCGCGGGCCUGAGCCUGGUGCCCAGCCACCUACGCAACCCAGCGCGCACGACGACCUACGGUGUCGGCGAGCUGCUCCUCGCCUGCCUCGAUGCUGGCGCCAAGCGCAUCGUCAUAGGCUGCGGUGACUCUGGCACCUGUGACGGCGGCGCGGGCAUGCUCCAGGCCCUGGGCGCCCGCCUGCUCGACCAGGACGGCAGGCCGCUGCCGACGGCGGGCGGCGGCGACUCGCUGCUGCGUCUCGCCAACAUUGACCUCAGCAACGUCGACAAGAGGAUCCACGAGACGUCGAUCGAGGUGGCCGUCAACUGGAGCAACGUGCUGUGCGGCCCUGGCGGCGUGGCGAGGGUCUUUGGCGCGCAAAAGGGCGCGUCCGAGGAGCAGACGGAGCGGCUGUCGGCUGCGAUGGAGGUGCUCAGCGUCGUGACCGGCCGUCUGCUCUGCGACAACAAGGUGGGCAAGGCGCCCGGUGGCGGGGCCUCUGGUGGCCUGGGCACCGGUCUUCGGUUGAUUGGCGCCAGGCUCCGGCCAAGAUAUGAGGUGGUGGCGGAGUAUGUCGACUUUGAGACGCUCUUUGACGACUGCGACCUUGUGCUCACGGCCGAGGGAGGCAUUGACGACCAGACACCCCGCGGCAAGAUCCCUGCCGAGAUUGGCAUGCGGGCAAAGAAGUAUGGCCUGCCCGUCGUCGCCAUUGCUGGCACGAUUGGGCCUGGCGCGCGGGUCAACUACGAUGUUGGCAUUGAUGCGUACACGUGCAUCUUGCAGAAGCCGACGACGCUGGCGGAAGCCGUGCUCGAGGCAGAGAAGCUGACGCAGGAGAGUGCCGAGGGCGUCAUGAGGAUGAUCGUCGUCGGACGCAUGCUGGCUUCAAGGAAGCUGUACCAGAUGGCCGAGCCGAAAGAGGUCUGGGUCUGA